AUGUUUGCUGGUGCACAGAUUGUCACAACGAAAUUAGUACCUGCUAGUAAACGACAACAAAUAGUUAAUGAGCAAAAUGAAGAUAAAACGAUACAAGAUUUAGUGAAUGUGACUGUAAUGGUACCACGAACAAAAGCAGUCAUAGAUGUUGAAUCUCCAGCGGAGAAAUUUGAACGAAAAGUUCUUGCACAUGAACGAAAAAAUGAAAGAGCUCUUGAACAAAAGCAACUUACUCAACAUAUGGAAAAUUUAAUGGAAAAAGUUCUUCAUGACACACCAUUAUCGAAUAACGAUGAAGUUAAUUUACGUAAUAAAAUAAAAAAUAUUGUGACUAAAGUAAAUAAACAAACAGAUCGAAUCGAUUCGACAUCUCUUCAUCCAUCUGUUGCAACUGAAAGAUCAUCAUCAUCAUCAUUGUCAUCUCGAAUCAAACCAGAUUCAAUUGAACAAACAUUGCAAAAUAAUCCACAACCAAAAUCAUCGAAAGCAGAAAAUCAACGAGCUUUUCUUUUAUGGUCGGACAAGAAUAUUCGUUGA